UCGUUCACCAACGAACCCCUAAGUCCUGGCGGCGACGACGAAACAAUGAAGACUAUUACCCUCUAAACAUUUGCAGAGCUUUUUAACCUUCAAUUCAAUCAAAAAUAGAUAAAUUUCUGAACAAAUAGGAAACAAUUUAUUAGAAGCACAAGAACUGAACAUUUAGACAUUUAUUGAUAAUUUCGAAAAAAAAAGAUUAAUUCAGUGAAUCCGAGAGUAUUUUCAACAAGUUGGGAAAUCGAUAAAGGAACUUGAAACAAGUGAAAAUUUUUUGAUUGCUUGUGAGAUGGAAUGUGUUUGUUUAGCAUCUUAAGAAUACAUUUUGGUGAUUUUAAGUGAAUUUUUGAGAAGUGGUUAGUGAAAAUUUUUUCUUUUUUAAUGACAGGAAUUUUGAUUUACAGUAAUUAAUGAGAUAAGUUUCUAAAUUCCAAGGACUUAGAGUAGAGAAACGAAUUCCCGAUAAGAAUCUCACCUUGAUGUCGCAAAGCACGACGACGAGCAUCUAAGGAUAAGUUGAGUCCGUGAUGAAUAGAGGAGCUUGCAGGCAAAGAGAAAAAACGCGUUCCUUUCAAAGAGGCAAGUGCUCGAUGAAAAUGGUAUUUGCUAUCAUCGACUUUUCCUGAGCCUGAGGAUUUUGAUCUUUCGGGGAAAGGAAAAUAUUGCCUUGAGUUUCCCCUUUGAAUGGUGAGAUUAAAGGAGUUUCCUGACUUCUCCCUAUAUAUAUAAGAUUUCGUAUGACUGGAAAUGUGAGAUAUCGAUUAUAGGGAGAGACAUACAGAUCAAGAAAAUUGGUCAAGCGAUUAAUCUUUGGAGAGCUCUCAGAGAGUUCAAUUUUCAUUCCGUUCAAUGGAGAAUUACAACAUAAGUUAAGGUGUGUCGAAAGGCCAUGACUGAAUUAGGUUUCGAAGCUCUCGCUAAAAAAAAGAGAACUUUCUGCUAAAUGACGUGCACUAAAAAAGGGAAUUGAGAAAUUUUCUCAGCUUCUAUAGAGACGUGUUAUCCUUUGACUUGCGUUGGAUCGCUCUUAAUAAAGCCACGAGACUUAUCGAUCGAGUGAAAGGGAAUAAAAGUGGAAAUUACAGAAGCGCGCGAUAAUUACAAAAGAGAGGAGGAGUGGGGAAUCUCUUGUUGCCGAUGGAAUUUCAUUUCAUAUAAUAUCCUCGACCAAAACUUAAAAGGGAACAAUUGUGCAACACAAGGAAACAAUAAACAAACUUUGGCCCGUCAUCUCUGUGGACAAACAGAUGUGGGUCUAUAUAUGGUCUCAAUAUCCAUCACCGUGCCCUUGUUCCUCUGCUCACAGGAUAGAAUUCUCACAGGAAUCAAUGCGACUGCAAGAGAAUAAAACGCACUGUUCCUAUUUCUAAUGGCCGUAAUUCUUAAUGCUGAGAUUGACGCCCCAAAGACGAUCAGAGCAUUAACGAAAAGAAUGGAGAAAGUCAAGAGAAGGAAAACGAUUAAAUAUAUAGUCACAAAAGAAAGUAUAAGGAAUCGAAGGAAUAUAAAUGAUAGGUAAAUAUAUGAAAACAUCACGGUGGGAAGGUGCUAAGAUUUCUUGAUUGGUGACAGCGAAGUAAAAAGCUAAGAAAGAUAAAGAUGACAGCAAACAGAAUGGAAGCUUUAAAGGAAGUAUUCCAUCGGUCUCUGGCGAAAAAUAUCAGCAUCUCUAAUGACUUUUUGUAUCUGGAUGAUCCACCGGGAUUCGCGGGUGGUGGACGACAUAGAAUUGUCAGUGACGAAAUAAAUUUUAAUUUUUUUCGCAAUGACUCGAUCGACUUGAAUUUUCAAAUCAAAUGGUUAAACGAACCAGAUGAAGAAUCUGUAACACCAAUGUUUAAGAAGAUCCCACCCUUAGAGAAACCGACAAUGGCAACAACUGCUGAAAAUUUGACAAUCGUAUCCGAUUUAUUUGUGUUUGAUGACAUCAAUGAGUACAUCAGAAAGUUUAAUUUAAGCUGGAAUUUGUCGUAUUAUGGAGGUACAAGCUAUAAUUUUAGUAACUGCAUAAAUAGUACGUCAAGUGACUGGGAUAAAGAGGAAGUGAAUAAUUGGUGGGCUUUGAUAUUAGUGGUGGUACCAUGUCUCACACUUUUUGGAAAUGUUCUCGUUAUUUUAGCUGUUGUGAGGGAGAAAGCUCUCCAGACAGUUACCAAUUACUUCAUCGUCAGUUUAGCUUUAGCUGAUCUUCUUGUAGCAGUUCUCGUCAUGCCAUUCGCUGUUUACGUCUUGGUCAAUAAUGGAGCAUGGAGUCUUCCCGGAUUUGUAUGCGACUUUUAUAUUGCAAUGGACGUGAUGUGCAGCACAAGUUCGAUCUUUAACUUGGUAGCAAUUUCUGUCGACAGAUACAUAGCAGUGACCCGUCCGAUAAAGUACGCCAAACACAAGAACAAUAGAAGAGUGUGGUUGACGAUACUGUUGGUUUGGGCGAUAUCGGCAGCGAUAGGAAGUCCAAUUGUUCUUGGCCUGAACAAUACUCCAGAUCGAACGCCGGAUCUUUGCAUGUUCUACAAUACGGAUUUCAUUAUGUACUCCAGCCUUUCUAGUUUUUUAAUUCCCUGCAUCAUCAUGAUCUUUUUAUAUUAUAGUAUAUUUAAGGCGUUACGAAUCAGAGUGAAAAAACAAAGGGCUAAUAGAAAAUCAAACACUAUGGACUCCAAAUCGGGAAAUGUAGUUGAGAACAUCAUGCACGCUAGGAGGUCACGUAGUGGGCAUUCUGUGGCAAGGUUUGCGGAGACUGCAUUAGGAGCAGCAGCACUCGUGACACCAGGAAUUGAAGAGCCAACAAAUACGGCAUCAGGGAGUAACGAGGACGAGGACGAAACACCAUUAGAUCCUGCAGUGGUCAUCUCUAAUGAAAAGAGUACAGAGUACUUCCUAGCUACCGUCGUCGAGGAGGCAGCCUGUCGUUUUAGUGUCGUCGCUCAAGCACAACUAAAUUCUCAAUCAAAAGUAAGAAAGGAUUCAGGUUAUGAUGGAGCGGCAAGUAACACAUUACUCCAUGAAGCGAUAGAGAUGAAUUCGAGUCCAAGCCCAAAUCCCAAAGGGACUUCAGGGCCUUCAUCAUCUACAUCGUCUUCGCCUCCUCCGCGAUGUGUGCCAACUUCUAAUUCACAGCUAAAGCGAAAUGGAAAUAGCACAAAAAAACAAGAAUUUAAGAAAAUUAAAAAUUCAGGAACUCUUUUUCCUUUUCAAAUUAGGAGGUCAUCAAGUAUGUUGACAGGUACUUCCUCUUCAAAAAAGGAUAGAAAAAAUGCUUCUGCAGGGUCUAGGUUUACAAUAUAUAAAGCUAAUAAGGCUAGUAAGAAGAAACGAGAAAAAAGUUCAGCGAAGAAGGAACGCAAGGCGACUAAAACUUUGGCCAUUGUACUAGGUGUGUUCCUGAUUUGUUGGGUUCCCUUCUUCACAUGCAAUCUAACAGACGCACUAUGUACGAAAUGGAAUGAAAAUUGCCAACCUGGUGUAACAGCUUUUAUUUUUACCACAUGGCUUGGUUAUAUGAACAGUUUUGUUAAUCCAGUAAUAUACACAGUGUUCAAUCCCGAAUUUAGAAAGGCCUUCCGUAAACUCAUUCGAGUUUAGCCAUUUUCUAUAUUUUCAUUAAUGUUUAAAAAGUUAAUAAAAAUGUUUUCUAUUAAAUCGUCUAAAAACAAAAACAAGGAGAAAGUAUGAAUUCAAAUUUAAAAAAAAUCAAUUGUUAUAGUUUUAAAAAUACAAUGAAUAUUAUAUUUAUUGAAAAUUUAAAGCUGUUUACUUUUUGGCUAAUUGGUAAUUUCAGGACCAAAUUACUCUUGUUGAAAUAUAAUAUUUUACUUUAUUGUCUUCAAAUAUUAUGAAAAAUUGUUAUUUUCGUUUUAAGGGUAGCAAAGAGGUUAUUGUAACGUAAACGAUAUUUAAGGUUCUUGAAAUCUCGUCUGAGCUAUAAUUGCCUCUGUAUCCGUAGUGUAAACAUUGUUUUUGUUUUACCUGCAUGGAAAAUAUGUCACUGAGAGCACAAAUAUUUAUUACUGUAAAAAUCUGAUUUCUAUAUGUAACUUUCUAGAAACAGGUCAUUAUUAUUUUCCUUUUGAGAUCAUAAAGUUCCAAGAUGGCACAAAAAAAAAUUUUUAGAAAGAAAUCCUGUGUCUUUCUCUUGUUAAAUACUUCUUAGUUGAUUUAUUUGAAUAAACGUUGAUAUUAAAAAAAAUUGUUGCGAAAAGUAAAAAGUGUUCUGCGUUCUCAUAGGUGCAAGAAAUGUUAUCCAUGCAGAUAGAGCAACAAAAAUUUCUAUUUAUACUUAUGAACUUUAUUUCCACCAAAAAUAACAGUUUUCUUGACACAAAAUAGAGCUUUAAUAAAUAAAUCAAGAGUAAAUAGACAAGAUUUUAAUGUAAAAAUUUCUUUAAGUGCGAAGUGUUGAUUCGAAGUUGAGAUUCAUGAAAAGCUUACAAUAGACUUAAAAAUCGAAAGCAAUAUUAGUACAUAUAGGGCACUCUUUUUCAAUGGUCCUGGUUAAAAAUAAAUUUUUUUGUACGAGUUUCUAACUUCCGUAAACUGUUGAUAGGAAAACAUUUCUAAAACAUAAGUCUAUUUAAAAGAACUUUGUGAAUAUACAAGGGUUUAAUUUAUUAAUAUUUUAUGUUAUACUGCAAUUUUCAAACCCAAAUGACUGUUAUAAAAUUUAUGAACUUUGAAUUUAAACUUGAGAAACCGAACCAAUUUUAAAAAACCAAAAACCAUACGAUUCUUUACCUAAAAGUCAAGACAACAAAUCUUUAAAAUUUCACUUUUCUACCUCCUGCUGUUUUUUAAAGCGGCAAAUUGACCAACAAACAUUAUUUUUUUUAUUUUUUUGAGAAAUAUCUGAAUAAUAAAUUGUAAAACAUUACAAAAAUAGUUUUUGAGGUUUAUUGUCUAGGAAAAACUGUUAUGAAGAGAAUCCGGUUUGGAUUUUUGAUUUAUGUAAAGGUCGUGAUAUACAAUGAACAAUUAAUAAUACAUUAUCCACCUACAUGAUGUAUGGUAUAUAUUAUACUUUAUGUAUUAUGGGCACUCUACGCUACCUGUUACGGUUACGGUUUUUCACAAAGUUCUUUUAUAUCAGCUUUUGGAAUUCAGAGUUUACGAAAAGUAUAAGCGGAUUUAAAAUCUUUUAUUUCAUUAACUCGAACUUUUGACAAAGAAUGCUCCUUACAUGUACCCUAAUAGUAUUAAGUCAUGUUAUUCAGUGACAACACGAAACAUUUUGUUGAUCAUCUGCUCUGUCUAGUUGUAGAAAUGCUAUAGGAAUUGAAUAAAUAUUUACGUAUUUUCUAGAGGUGUGAAUUCGAAUCGAACUAGCCAAUUCGAAUUCGAAGUUUCGAAUUUCGAAUCGGCCGAUUCGAAUCGAAAGUAAAUUCGAAAAUCGGAGUUUCGAAUUGUACAACUCAACUCGGUUAUUUUAUUCGCACAAUUAUUUUGACAGAAAUCCUAACCUAAAAUUAGUAGGUUGGUAUUCAUAAUACAGCUAUCUAGUACUUAGAAACUUUUUCUUAAAAAUUGUAAAUAUAUUUUUUAUUAAUUCUAUAAUUUUAAUAUAUAAAUAACAUACCAGUACCAAUAAUGUGUUGAAAGUGAACAGGGCUCGAACCAGUGAAAGUUUUUAAAAAUACGGACUUUACGGACAAAAAUAUAACUAGUCCGAGUCAAAUAAGAGAACAUUUUACUUCAAACUAUAAAUUCAAUUUUUCAUAACAUA